AGAUUUUUAUCUUGUGAGGAUUUUCUAUAGCAUCCAGAAUUUUUUCCUUUUGGGUUGGACUGAUGAACUAUUUUCCAGAAAUGGAGGACUUUGCCACACUGGCCAUCCCUGGACAAUGCCUAGUGAAAGAUUGUUAUUUCCUUUGAAAGAUGAGCUCCAGAAAGUACUGUCAUCUGAGACUGCAUCCUGCAUCCUAGUAUCCACAUAUUUGACCUUCAUCAUCAUGGAAAUGUUGACAAAAAUUGAAAUGUGGAAACUGUUGGGGGAAGAGUAUGUCCUGAACGAAAUCCACUGAUGUUUUAUGGGCUCCAUAAAACAUCCCCCACCUCCAUGACAAGAAGAUCUCAGGCACCGAGGAUUGCAACUCCCAUCUGUCAUGAGUCAUGGUUCUAUCAUGACUCCUGACUUCUUGAAAGGGGGAUUGUUGGACACUAAGGGUGGAGUUAAACAGCCAGGCUUGUUAUAUAAGCACAGACAUGGGCCUGCGCUCUUCGUUGCCUGCCUUCAGAGUGCUCUCAGGGUCCCAGCGCCGACUGCUUUACUGGGAAUCAUGGACAUUGAAGCAUAUUUUGAAAGAAUUGGUUAUAAGAACUCCAGGAACAAAUUGGACUUGGAAACAUUGACUGACAUUUUUCAGCACCAGAUCCGAGCCAUUCCCUUUGAGAACCUAGGUAUCCAUUGUGGAGAAGCCAUGGAAUUGGGCUUGGAGGCCACUUUUGAUCAAGUUGUGAGGAAGAAUCGGGGUGGGUGGUGUCUCCAGGUGAAUCAUCUUCUCUAUUGGGUGCUGACCACAAUUGGUUUUGAGACCACAAUAUUAGGAGGGUUUGUUUACAACGUUUCAGGCAACAAAUACAGCACUGGCAUGCUUCAUCUCCUCCUGAAAGUGACCAUUGAUGGCAGGAAUUACAUCAUUGAUGCUGGAUUUGGAAGUUCUUACCAGAUGUGGCAGCCUCUGGAAUUAAUUUCUGGGAAGGACCAGCCUCAGGUGCCUUGUAUCUUUCGCUUGACAGAAGAGAACGGAAUCUGGUACCUGGACCAAAUCAGAAGAGAGCAGUACAUUCCAAACCAAGAAUUUCUUAAUUCUGAUCACUUGGAAAAGAGCAAACACCGAAAAAUCUAUUCCUUUACUCUUGAACCGAGAACAAUUGAAGAUUUUGAGCCUGCAAAUAUUUUCCUGCAAACACAUACAGCAUCUGAGUUUUUAAAGGAGUCAUUUUGUUCCUUGCAGACCCUUGAUGGGGUUUACUGCUUAUUGGGGUUUACUCUAGCCUAUAGGAAAUUCAAUUAUAGGGACAAUAUGGAUCUGGUAGAAUUUAAGACACUGAAUGAGGAAGAAAUAGAAGAAAAGCUGAAAAAUAUAUUUAAUAUUUCCUUGGAGAGAAAGUUUGUGCCCAAACAAAUUCAUCAAUAUUUUACUAUUUAAAAAAACAAAAGCGUCAGUAUUCUUUCAGAUACUGAAACUCUUAAAAUGGAAAACAUCAAACAGUUUCAAACCCAAGAAGAAUACAACAAUGAGCUCCUAUGUUUUCAUGACCUAAUUCAUAAUUAGGUGAAGAUUAUUCUAAAGAAAAUUAGAAAAGGGGGUGGGAAGAGCACAAGGAACUAUGGUGAUGAUGCACGAGUGAAUUGGUGGUGGGAAUUUCAUGGGAAAUCAUACAUUGUACAAAAAUGAAGGAUGAUGUAAUAAAUAUAUAUAUAUAUAUAUAAAUAUUUUAUCCUAGAAAAUUAAAUCUGCAUGUAAUAAAGAUGGACCCAUUUUUCUGUCAAAAAAAGAAAAUUAGAAAAGAUUAAAAAUGAAAUAAUUCCAACAUCAAAAAAUUUCACCUAUAAAUAUUUCAGUAUAUAUUAAUCAAUGAAAACUUUCUUUAGAAAGCAUAAUCAUAACCUUAUCAAAAUUAAAAAUAGUAAGGACAUUUUAAGGAUGUUUUGGUGUUUUAUAGGGCUCUUGCUCAUUUAUAUUAGAAAGCUUUCAACACUGGGUGAAUGUUGAAUUAAUAGAAAAUGUUUAGUGGUUUCUUAAUAAAACAUGGAGCAAAUCACUCCAUUAAACUCAACUAGCACUUAAUCUGUGUCUAAUUUUUACAAAAUACUGGAGGAAAAGUUUGUGACUGGAAUUCAACAAAUAAGAAUAAGAUACGAUACUUGCUUCUAAAUAACCUCAUGGAACACAGGAAGAAACUCUAAUCAAUACAAUGUAAUAUAUAAGACUUUCUUUUGCACACAUAAGACUUUUUUCUAAAUACCUCUGAUUUCAUAAGACUUAAAACUUAAAUCAUCUUCCUAAAAUAGUAUAAGAUGAUGAUUUUUAACCAAUGCAUUGUCAUUGGGACAUUCCAUUGUUAUAAACAGUCAUUGCAAAGGUUAAAUAACAUCUGUCUUUUCACUUUAUAAAGUACAUGGCUGUGUUCUGCUCCUCACUCUGUUUCUGGUGAAUCCUCUUAACCCUCCUGCACGUCUGGCCUAUACCCCAGCUCCUCUAUGCAUAAGUAUAUAAAUCUUUAAAAAAAUAAAAAAUAAAUAAAUAAAUAAAGUACAUGGCUGUAACUACAUUCCUCUGAGCUUCUUUUCUACUUUCAGUUUGAGGCCUCCCAGUUUGCAGACACUUUUUUUAUAUGCCCUGUAAAUUCUUGAAAUUUUUUUAUUUCAAGUUAUUUUAUUUUUGGCAGUGCCAACAGCAACAGCUAAUUUUUUUUCACAUAUUUUUUAUUUACAUUUUAGCCUAGAGCAUCUCUCUUGUCAGUACUGAAUGUGAGACCUAUUCAGCAGUGGCAAAGGUUCAACUCAGAAAGGGUUAAUGACCAGAAAGUUAAUGACCAAGAAAACCUUCUUGGGCCAGAGUGGAAUGUACGGUAACAGAAAAGUGGGAGAGGAUUGGCCAAGUUGAUAAACUGGCUAACUCCCUUUCCGUCCCUGCUUUGCUGCCUAUGUCCCUAACUCUUAGCUCUGACUAAACAGCUCACUGAAUACUUGCAUUUGAUACUGAACACCAGCCUCAGUUUCCCUCGGCCAAUAAAAGGAAACAGAGUUUGACAAAUUAAAGUGGUUUAUUUUGUUGACAAAUGAGGAGUGCAACAGACCCACGUCUGAAAGACAACUGUCCUGCUCUUUGGCAGAGUGCAGGGGUAUUUAUACAAAGGAAAAAAAGGGGGAAGAUGUGCAAGCGUCUGCAAAGGGGAAGGGCUCGGUACAGAGACGGGUGGGCACCAGCUUGCUUUUUUCAACAACUGCUAUUUAACUCCCCUUUCCUUGGAAUGCAAGAAGACAGACCAGUCAAACAAGGGGGAAACUGCAAGAAAUAUGGGGAAGACAAACUUGUUAAUGCUUAUGUGAGAGACGGGUCAUAAAGAAGGCAAACCUGUCAAAUAAGGGGGACACUGCAAGAGAUGGGGGAGGACAAACGUGUUAAUUAUUAUCUGAGAGACCAGUCAUCUGUAACUGCAUCACAUAUAACCCUUUGUCUAGGGCUACAAUUUCUGGAGAAAUCCUAGUAUUUGAGUGGCAGUUAGUGUUGUGGAAUGAAUGAGGCCACCCAGGGGGAAAUGUGUCACUGGAGAAGAGAAUGUGUCCUAAGAGUAGGGCACUACAGCCCUUAGAAGUGAAAGAAAGCAAACCCAGAACAGGAGUCAGAAGAAGCAGCUAAUGAAUUAGGCAGAAAGAGAGUCAGGGAACAUGGAAGACAAGCCAAAAAUAUGAUUCAAGAAGUAGAAGUAGGAAAGAACCAAUUUUUUAAAUAUAUAUAUUAAUUUUUUAUUUUUUUACAUCAUUGUUCUUUUUUAAACAAUACUUGCUUGCCCCACCCCCUCAGGUGUAGUCCCCAUAGAGUUUCCUUCACCAAUGCACCUGUGCACCAUCACCUCAGUCCCCUGUGCUCCUCCCUCUGUCCCUCUGAUCCCUCUCCCUCCUCCUCCCCUGCAGGAUGUCUCUGAUUUAUAAUUGUCCGUCUUUGCUUUGUUUUGUCUUGUACUGUUAUUUUUUUUUUACACUGAUGUCCUAUUUGGUUCCCCUAUAUUCCUGCUGUAAGUGAAACCAUCCGAUAUUUUUCUUUUUCCUUCUGGCUUAUUUCACUGAGCAUAAUUCCUUCUAACUCCAUCCACGUUGCUGCGAAUGACAUGUGUUUAUCUUUUUUGAUUGCUGAAUAAUAUUCCAUUGUGUACAUAUGCCACAUCUUCUUGAUCCAGUCAUCUAUUUUUGGGCAUUUGGGUGGUUUCCAGGUUUUGCCUAUUGUAAAUAGUGCUGCAGUAAACACAGGGGUGCAGUUAUUCUUUUGAAUCAAUGUUUCUGUGUCCUUUGGGUAGAUCCCUAGUAGUGGAAUUGCUGGGUCGUAUGGUAGCUCCAUUUUCAGUAGACUGAGGAAACUCCAGACAGCUAGGAAAGAACCAAUUGUUAUACCAGAACAAGUGUGAACCAGGACUGUUCUGACACACCAGCACAACCAAUGUUUUACUCAUCUUACCUCCUUAAAAGAGUAUGUUUUCCACAAAUGCUUCUUGAAAAACAGCAGGUCAAAUGAAAGGGUAUCAUCAAUAGGUCCACAGCCUGGAUCAGAUGGUAUCUAGGACUUUGGACCACAAAAGUACACACUUCUCAAUCUUCCCAAGAGCUCAGUUGAGAACAGAGAUUUGGAUUCAGCCUUGUUCAAUGAUUACAGUCAGAAAGGAACCUGGUAUUUUUCAGGAGACCUGGAAAUCUGCUAGCUCUGAGGGCAGCGAACAUCAAGCAGUUAAGAACUUUGUUUCUCGAGAUGUUAUUCACAUCGCUGUACUCUUAUUUGUAAAAUCUUUAUACACACAUAGUGGGAAAUAUGUACGAAAUAUAUUGCUCUAUGUUAAUUAUAUCAAUAAAGAAAGA